UGUAUGGGUUAAUGAAUUGUUGUGUUUGUGUAAAUUGACUUAGUCUCUUAGCAAUUAUCAUAGGCUGGAAAUGACCUUCCUUUCAAGUUUUCAUUCGUCAUAAUGUAUGAAAUUUAUCUAAAUUAGGCCUCCAUAUGUUGUGGUCUAGACUUUACAAUACAAAUAUACACUAUAUGAGCAAUAUUGAGCUUUAUAUUUUAUGAGUCUAAAAGGGAUGAACGUGAACUCUUGAGUGGUUAUGCAAAGUAUUAAGUAUGUGUAUAUAAUAUAUGUUAGAUAUAUGACUAAUUACUUAACUGAUUAAUUUGGUUUGACUGGUUAGGAGUGUCUGAAACCAAACCAAACCACCUAAACCAAACAAGCUAAAAACUUUAACCAAACCAAUUAUCCAAAUUAACCAAAUAGUACCGGUUAAAACGGUUACCCCAACUGCCAAAGUAAUGAACUUGUCUUCUUGAGAUGAUUGUGGUGGGCUUUGAUGGUAAUAAUUGCAAAUUACCAUUUGACAUCUUUUUCUUAGGGGUGUUAAAACGGUUUGGUUACCAUCCCCAAGUUCAUUACUUUGGCAGUUGGAACUAGUUUUCAAAACAACUAUCACUUAUCUACAAUAAAUAUGUGAAGACAAAAUAAUAAUGCAUAAACUAAAUGAUGUUUAUGAAUUAUGAUAGAUUAAUGCAUAAACUAUCAUGGAGGGAUCCGCUUACAACUGCUAGUGGCUAGUGAAAGUCUUCUAUUUGAAUUAUAUAUAUAUAUAUAUAUGUAUUGGACGUAUGGAAUGGGAGUGGUGUGUCAGAGAGUUUGUAAACAAAACAAAAAAGAAAGAAGCAAAGCUUUUGCGUGUGAGUGUAUGUAAAACAAUAGCCAAAAGUAUAAGGCAUUGUUUGGUUGUGUGUUUUUCUAAAUUGAGUGAUUAAACACCAAAUGUUUCCUUUCUAUUGAUCCUAAAUUACCACUACUUCCGCUAAUACCCAACAAAAAGUAGAGCUCCAAGUUUACAGAGAAAAAAACCAGAGAUGAAGGUGGAACAAGUGCUUCAUAUGAACUCCGGGAUGGAAGAAGAGACUAGCUAUGCUCACAACUCCUUGCUUCAGCGGAAGGUCUUGUCAAGGACUCAACCCAUAACAGAGGAAGCCAUUACAGGACUGAUUAGAAGCUGGAGCUUACCCAUAAGAAGCUUGGCCAUUGCCGAUCUAGGCUGCGCUUCAGGACCCAAUUCACUUCUACCCGUUUCAGGAAUAAUCAAGGCCGCGAACAGGGUCAGCAGAGAGCUCGGCAGGAAAUCCCCUGAGUUUCAGGUUUUCCUGAACGACCUCCCUGGCAACGAUUUCAACCAGGUUUUCAAGUCACUGCACAAUUCUUCUAAUUCCGAAUCAGUGGUGUUCUUCAACGGAGUGCCAGGGUCUUUCUACGGCAGGCUUUUCGCGGCGGAAAGCCUGCACUUCGUCCACUCCUCCUACAGCCUGCACUGGCUGUCUCAGGUUCCUGAAGGAUUGAACGAGAACAGGGGAAACAUUUUCAUGGCGAGCAGCAGCCCGCCGAGCGUCCUGAAGGCGUACACCGCGCAGUUUCGGAGCGACUUCUCGACAUUCCUGAGGUGCAGGGGACAGGAACUGGUGCAAGGCGGGCGUAUGGUUCUGACAUUGCUCGGGAGGCGAAGCGAGGACCCUUCGAGCAGAGAGUGCUGCUACUUUUGGGAGCUCAUCUCCAUUGUCCUCAAUCAAAUGGCAUCCGAGGGAAGGAUCGAUCAGGAGAAAUGGGAUUCCUUCAACAUUCCGUUUUACAUGCCGUCCCCCAUGGAAGUGAAGGAUCAAGCCCGUAAGAACGGCUGCUUCGUGAUUGAUCGGUUGAAGGUUUGGGAGUCGAGCUGGAAUGCUUACGACGGGGAACCAAACUUGCCGGAGGCCCUACAGGAUCGUGGCUGCAAUGUGGCGAAAGGGAUGAGAGCCGUGCUGGAGCCGUUGUUCGUCCGUCAAUUGGGUCCGCCGCCUGGAGUCGUCGACGAGAUUUUCAGGAGGUUUGGUGUUGUUCUCUCUGAUCGGAUGGCCAGAGAAAAAACGAACUACAUCAAUCUGACCGUCUCCUUGACCAAGCUCUGAUAAUUAGAAACUAAGCUCGUGCACAGCCGCUGCUAGUCGGCGAGAUCCCUGCCGGUUAUUUUAGGAAACGCUAGCGGUAAAACUCACUAUAACAGCCUAAUAGGUAUACAAAUGUUAAGGUUGAAGAUGUUACUUGUUAGGUGUGUAAGGUCAGUGUUGUGGUGUUACUUAGUGCCUAGGUUGUUUAGGAUCUUGGCACAAGAACUAGAAAUGGCAGUUUGUAAUACAUGAUGAAUGUAAUAACGAUUUAAGACAUUUUUCCAUUUUAGAGCAAAUGGAAAACACGAAAAAUAACUUACAAGUUCAUAGUUCUCAAAGUUCCCAAACUAUUGAAAAUUUUGAGAGAAGAUUGAGCUUGUACAUUAUGUUAGUUUCUCAUUUCAUAUCGGCUUCCUAAUUCCACCUAAUUACAUCCCGUCGACACCUAGCUUCGCUUAUGUGUCGUGUUCUCGAUACCUUACUCCCCUCGAAAUCUCUAGACGAGACAUUUUGAUUUUGCCUAACGUCUAGGCACAUCUAAACAUAAGAUGAAAAACACCCUUUUAAACUAUCUUACAAUGACCUGAACUUGAUUAAAUUGAGAAAAACGCA